AUGGUUGCUUCACUAUGUAAGAGUAGUGGAAGAAUAAAAUCUCUGUAUAUCACCGCCAAACUUUGUCAUAACAUAACUAUAAUGCCUAUGGUGCAUGCCCAAAAUGGGCAUGGGCGGUGUGUAUUGUACAGUACAAAGAAUGAAGAUAUGGUGACACUCACAAAGAGAAUAUUAGAUUACUCAACGAAAAGAGAAGUGGAUAGAGCAAGGAAGAUUUUUGAUCAGAUGGGUCGCAGAGAUUCUGUAUCUUGGAAUGUGAUGAUCAAGGGUUACAUUGAGAACAACAGGAUGGGGGAUGCAAGGGACCUGUUUGAUGAAAUGCCUAAUAAGACACCUGUUUCUUGGAAUUCCAUGAUCAUGGGUUACACAAGAGAAAAGAAGACAAACAUUGCAUUGAAGCUAUUUAUAGUAAUGCCAGAUAAAGAUGUCGUCAGUUGGACGGCCAUCAUUACUGCAUUAUGCCAAGCCUCACGGUUCGAUGAUGCUUGGUGGUUGUUUAAGCAAAUGCCUGAGACUAAUUCAAUUUCGUGGUCUUCAAUUAUAUCAGGUUUUCAGCAAAAUGGGCUUACAGCUGAAAGCUUGAAGUUGUUUAAAGAAAUGUUAUUGAUUGGAAUUCAGCCCACUUCUCAUAUGUUUACUAGUUCUUUGGCAGCGUCUGCUGAUCUGGCAAUGCUUUCACUGAGUGAACAAAUGUAUUGUCAACUCUUUAAAAGAGGAUUUGAGCGGAACACUCACAUUGGUAAUUCAGCCAUUUCUAUGUUCAUCAAAUGUGGUAGUUUUCAUAAUGCUUGGCGUGUUUUUGUGGACUUACCUCAACCUGAUAUUGUUACGUGGAAUUCUCUGAUUAUGGGUUUUGCGCAGCAUGGUUAUGGUGUAGAGGCUAUGAUGAUUUUCCAUCAGAUACAAAAAGCUCAGUUUUUGCCAGAUGGUAUUAGUUUCUUGGGAGUGUUACAUGGUUGUAGCCAUUGUGGACUCCUAGAAGAAGGGAAGCAACAUUUUUACAGUAUGGAGAUGGAUUAUGGGAUUUCACCCGGACCUGAGCACUUUGCGAUUAUGGUAGACCUCCUUGCACGUGCUGGGUUACUUAAAGAAGCAUAUGAGAUAAUAGUCCAAAUGCCCUUUGAGCCUACCACCGUCUUUUGGAGGACAUUGUUGAAUGGAUGUAGGAUUUAUGGUGAUUUGGAAUUGGGUGUCUGUGUGGCUGAUCAGAUUUUAAAACUUGAACAUUUUAACUCAAGUGCAUGCUUGAUGGCCCUUGAAAUUUAUGCAAUGGCAGGGAAAUGGAAGGAGGUGCUUGAGAUGAGGAGGCAUAUGAAGGAAAAAGAGGCAAGAAAAGAGUUGGGUUGUAGUUGGCUUGAUAUAAGAGGGAGGAAUCACAUUUUUACCACUAGGGACGAAUCUCAUCAGGAGUCAGAUGACAUCUACCAAACCCUUGAUUUGUUAUCUUAUGACAUAUCUCAGUGUGUCAGUGCAUGA